GUUAAGGAGGGAGUCCGAUCUGUGGCGCCGAAGAUGAAAUUCAAAACACAUUUUUUGUGGCUAUUCCGAUCAUCUUUAUUGUGAUUAUUGUCCAGUUCUGGACACACACAGGUCUGAUUUUAGAGAGAACCUGCAUGAAACUUUACAGCUUAAUGCUUUAACCGUGUGGUUAUAAAAGGAGCGGCAGAGCAGACUGGGGUUACUAGUGUUUAUUGUUGCAGUCCAGUCAAGUCAUGGGGGUGAAUGAUCUGUGGUCCAUCCUGAGUCCAGUUCAGGAAUCUGUCCCGUUGUACAGUCUCACGGGUAAAACUCUAGCUGUGGAUCUCAGCCUGUGGAUCUGUGAAGCCCAGCACGUCCAAGCCAUGAUGGGCAAAGUCACAAAACCUCAUUUACGCAAUUUGUUUUUUCGCGCCUCUUCACUCCUUCGGAUGGGCAUCAAGUUGUUUUUUGUUAUGGAAGGAGAAGCUCCUAAGAUCAAGGCGGAGACUAUGAGCAAGAGAACAGGGAAGGCCUUCAGAGGUGGGAAAAUGAGCAAGAGCGUCCAGAAACCAGCAAAAGCCACAAACACCAGCAGAGGGCGCUUUAAAGCUGUGCUUAGAGAGUGUGCUGAGAUGUUAGACUAUCUGGGAAUACCGUGGGUGUCUGCAGCGGGUGAGGCGGAGGCCAUGUGUGCGUUUUUGGAUGCACAGGGUUUGGUGGACGGCUGCAUUACCAGUGAUGGAGAUGCUUUCCUGUACGGCGCACAAACUGUCUACAGAAACUUCAACAUGAAUACAAAGGACCCUCAGAUCGACUGCUAUAAGAUGUCCAGAGUGGAAACAGAGCUGCAUCUGAAGCGAGAGACACUCGUGGGUCUGGCUGUCCUCCUCGGCUGUGAUUACAUACCUAAAGGUGUUCCAGGAGUCGGGAAAGAACAAGCUCUUAAAGUGAUACAGAAUUUAAAAGAAACAACUCUUCUUCAAAAAUUCAGCGAUUGGCAGAAAACUGGAUCUGAGAUUGAGGAGUUUGCUGUGAAGAAAGUCACCCACUGCCUGGUGUGUCGUCACCCUGGUUCUGCUAAAGCUCAUGAGCGCAGUGGCUGUGUGUUUUGUGACAGUAAGAAGUUCUGUCAGCCUCAGGACUACGACUCGCAGUGUCCCUGCGACUGGCACCGCACUGAGCACGCUCGCCAGGCCUCGUCUGUCGAAACAGUCAUCAAAAAGAAAACCCUGGCCUGUGACAUGUUCCCUUUCACGGAGAUCAUCACUGAAUUUCUGGUUCCAAAGGACAAAACCGUUAACAGUUUUAAAAGAAGGAAACCCAACCUUCUCCUCAUGCAGAAUUUUGCUCUGGACAAGAUGGAGUGGCCCAAACAUUACACCAGUGAGAAAGUUCUUGCUCUGAUGACCUACACUGAACUCAUGAACAGAAGUCAAGGGACACCAUCCUCAACGCAGAUGCGACCUAUUCGAAUAUACAAGCGGCGCAUAAGGAACGGUAUCUCCUGCUUUGAAAUCUUGUGGAGUAAACCAGAUCAUUAUGUAUUUCCUGAGGACUGCGCUCAGGACGACUCGGAUGUAGUGAGGACUGUGGAAGAGGAAAACCUGUUCACCCUGGCUUUCCCAGACAUUGUCCAGCUGUUCCACAAGGAAACUGCAGAGGCCAAGGACAACAAAUUAAAGAAAAAGAAACCGAAGGCAGAAAAAGAGAAGCCUGUCGUGUCUUCGGAUGGAGUGUCUGAUCUUUUUGCACAGAUGUCACUCAAAGGGUCUUCACAUCUCGAUCCCCUCGUAUCCUCAGGGAAAGGCUUACAGACGCUAACUGUUUUAAAGUCUGAUCCGGAUUGCUGUAACACUGCCACAUUAACUACUGCAUCAAAACCCAGCAAACACUCUAACUGUCAGGAAAUCCAGCCAGUCUCUGAUUUUUCCUCAUUUAGACAACAACCAGAGGCUCCGGCUUCACCCUGCCUUACAGGGGCAUUAUCUCAGGCACAGAGUUCCCUUUCUGAAGUGAUUGAUGAGCUUCACUUGAGCAGCAUAGACUGGGAUGCUUUGUCCUUCACUGCUGCUCCAUCUCCUCGGUCUCAGCACAGCAAAGCUGAUCCUCAACCAGUCAACAAAUCAGACGAAGGAACCAAAACAGAAGGCUGUGGAUCUUCUACUGCUGUCCGGGCCGAUUGUGUAGAAUUAGCAGCUCAGCACACUGACAGACAUUCUGAGCGUUCGCUGAUGGAAAGAGUCCAUAUGAGGAACGUGGUGAAGUGUACUACUUCUCAGAAUAAUGAGAAGAAAGUGCAGAGUGUUGGAUGUGAACUGAAGUACACUGAAAGUCACAAGCCACAAGAGUCUGAGAAGCUUAAAGCACCACCUCACUCCCACUCAGAACCGAGCAGAAUUAACACUGAUUCAGAAGAACAAACAUUCACAAAGCAGCCCAAAGAUUCGCUCCCUGUCCGGGUGCCACCUAAAUAUAAAUUUGUUAAACCGAAGCACUUCAACAGACCGUCCAACUUUCCUGAGCAGACGAAUAAAGAAAGCGUGUGUAAGAAAAGUGUUUGUAGAAGACAAGACUCUAUCGGUGAUGAGAGUGACCUGGAGAAUCAGCCUCAAACCAAACAACAACAACAAAGCAAACGGAAAGCUGAAGUCGAGCCUAAACCACAGACUGUACAAAAAACAGUCCUAGUGCAACAACUUCUUAAACAGAACAGAUGCAAUAUGCAAGAUGCGAUAACUCCUGAAAAACAACCGCACAACACAGGCUUCUCAAGAACUAAUCCCCUGUCACACAAAUGUAGCACAAAGAGUGAUGAUGAUGAUGAUGAUGACUCGGAUGCUUCGAUUUCCAGCCCUUUACCACUAGCAGAGAGGCUGAAACUUAAAUUGAACAAAUAAAUAUAAUGCCGUUCAUCACUGUUUUUAAUAAUACUUAAUUGCAACUAAGUAUCAGUGCAUGUUUGUGCUAAAAUGUGCAUUUUUAAUAAAGUUUGGGUUGCAAGUUGAGUUUGUCUUUUUGAUGUAUGCCACACAUUUCCACAUCUCUCAGCGUAGACACGCAUGUAUAAAGUCAGCAGAGGACAAACUUGAGGUCGUCGUCUCCUUUUUUUUAAUUCGAUUUUACAUCUUAUCUUCUUACCACCAGCCCAUGUGUUGAUUUUGUGACAUGAAGUAACAGAUGAGGACUAAUAAGGAAAAAAAAAAAAAAAAGCUUAAAUGUGUCGCUUCCUUUUCCUCACCCAGAUCCCUUAAACAUGGCUCACUUUUAUUACACACUCGGUGUUGGUCUUCCUCAGCCCAUGUAGUGACAUGUUGCACACCUUUUCAGACAUGAAAGCUUUGAGAGGUCUGUACGGAAGGAGCACGUGGACAGCUGCAGCACUCACACUAGAUGUUUAGGUGGUCAGAUUUUAUUUGGAAAUAUUUGAUCUUAUUCUUGUCUUAUUUUCUUCACUGCACAGAGCAACCUAUAGCUAGAUACUUAAAACAUUCUUAUUAUCAUUAGAUGUCGUAGUAAUAGACAGAUAGAGACUUUAUUACCAACACGACACAGUAUUCAGAUGCUUCUCGUUUACACUUUGAUUAUUUCCUGUAAAUCCCAUUGUAUCUCCUCAUAUUCCCCUACAAUUUAAAGAGUUUUUAUUGUACUGUUAUAUAUUUUUUUGUUUUUGUGUCU